AUGGCUACCCGAUGGCUGCUGAGUGGAUUUGUAGGUUUCUUGAUUGGCUUCGGGUUUCCAUGGAUCCGUACCUGUCGCCCGUUUAUGUCCCACGUCGUGCCUGACCAGUCACGCUUGCAAGAAGAGGAUCAAGCACCCACCCACGUCAUGCCUGACGAGCCACGCUUGCAAGAAAAGACAGUGCCCGAAGUGGGCCAGGCACAGCCUUCACGGUUGCACUACGAGGGGUUGCAAUUGUAUUCUCAACCAGCUAGCCCGGAUGAAGUUUGGAAGAGUUUAAAAAAGUUGUCGAAGGGUUCACAAAUCCAGCUUAAGCACUACCGGGGUUUUGUUGGACCUUAUAAGGCUUACGCGGACAUGUCAGGGCUUGAAUUCUCCUUGUUGUAUCUGAGCGGCUUGAAAGAAACGGACUCCCUGCUUGACAUUGGCUGCGGUGCACUGCGUUUGGGGCGGGUGGUUUUGCCAUACCUAUUGCCUGGGAAAUACCAUUGCAUUGAGCCAAACAGCUGGCUUGUCCGAGAGGCCCUUCAUUAUGAAAUUGGGGAACAGAUCUUGUGGCUGAAGCAACCCAAAUUUGCUUUCAAUGACAAAUUCCAAGCACCACUGGCAGACUCGACUUUCAACUUUUUGAUUGCGCAAUCCAUUUUCUCUCACACUGGUCUGGAUAUGUUUGAAGGUGCAAUGAAGAAGAUUAAAGGCUACAUGACUGAUGCUUCAGUUUUCUUGCUCACUUUCGUGAGGGGCGGUCGCUGGCCAGACUGUAGAAAAAGCAAAGGAUGGAUUUAUCCAGGUUGCUGUGUGAUGACAGACGAGGCAAUACAACAAGUGGCGACCAGACAUGAGCUCUUUGCAGUCCCGCUGAAAUGGCGGCAUGACAGGCAGCAAUGGUGGGCAUGGCGACGCAGCUCGACUGGAGGCAACAGAGCGGCCAAGAUGUCCGGUUUCUUGAUUGGCUUCGGGUUUCCAUGGAUCCGUACCUGUCGCCCGUUUAUGUCCCACGUCGUGCCUGACCAGUCACGCUUGCAAGAAGAGGAUCAAGCACCCACCCACGUCAUGCCUGACGAGCCACGCUUGCAAGAAAAGACAGUGCCCGAAGUGGGCCAGGCUUACGCGGACAUGUCAGGGCUUGAAUUCUCCUUGUUGUAUCUGAGCGGCUUGAAAGAAACGGACUCCCUGCUUGACAUUGGCUGCGGUGCACUGCGUUUGGGGCGGGUGGUUUUGCCAUACCUAUUGCCUGGGAAAUACCAUUGCAUUGAGCCAAACAGCUGGCUUGUCCGAGAGGCCCUUCAUUAUGAAAUUGGGGAACAGAUCUUGUGGCUGAAGCAACCCAAAUUUGCUUUCAAUGACAAAUUCCAAGCACCACUGGCAGACUCGACUUUCAACUUUUUGAUUGCGCAAUCCAUUUUCUCUCACACUGGCCUGGAUAUGUUUGAAGGUGCAAUGAAGAAGAUUAAAGGCUACAUGACUGAUGCUUCAGUUUUCUUGCUCACUUUCGUGAGGGGCGGUCGCUGGCCAGACUGUAGAAAAAGCAAAGGAUGGAUUUAUCCAGGUUGCUGUGUGAUGACAGACGAGGCAAUACAACAAGUGGCGACCAGACAUGAGCUCUUUGCAGUCCCGCUGAAAUGGCGGCAUGGCAGGCAGCAAUGGUGGGCAUGGUGCCUGUACAGUUCCAAAGCAAAAUGCAACAAUUUGGAAAGUAUCAUUCCACAUGACCGGGACGUUUUGGAGCCAGAUCUCAACAACAGCAACCUCAGCAAUGGAACCUGGAGUUUGGCAGUGGAGAUGAUGGACAAAGCCAAGAACAUGUCCGCAAGGGCAAAUAUGACGGAGUGGAACGGUUCUUUGCUGAACAUGGAGACUGAAGAACGUGGAGAAAGUGGAGAACGUGGAGAAAGUGGAGAAAGUGGCAACGACACGAUGAAUGACACUGACAAUAAGUCGUCAAUGCAUGGCCAUGGCGCCGAUGCCGGAACGGGCAACAUGGCUUUGGAGCACUUGGAUCAGUAUGACAACGAGUCUGUCAAUGACUCUGAGAACGACCCUGCCAAGUGUCACCGGCAAGUUUUCAUUCCAAAGGCAAAGAACAUCUUCAAACUGAUUGUUCCAGCCAUAGAAUGA